UUAGACAGCUUAGUCAUCUACUCCAAUGGAACUUCAAAUGGAAUGCUUGGUUCUUAAUUUGGGUGUGAAUAAGGGAAUGGAGAGGUCUCGUUGUUCUUCAGCUAAGGUUGAGAGGAAGAUCAUUGAGAAGAACAGGAGAAUUCAUAUGAAGAUUUUGUACUCCAGGCUCAAUUCUCUGCUCCCCCAUCACAAUUCCAAGGAGCCAUUGUCACUACCUGAUCAAAUAGAUGAAGCCGUGAACUACAUAAAGAGCGUGCAAACAAGGUUGAAGGAAUCCAGGGAGAAGAAGGAAAGCCUAAUGGGAAGAAAGAGAUCUUAUAGAUGCACCGAUAGUACUGCAGCUGAAACCACGGUGAACUUGAAAUCUCCUGAAAUUAGGAUUAACGAAAAGGGUUCUGCUAUGGAGGUGGUUUUGACUACUGGGCAAGACAGUCAGUUCAUGUUUUAUGAGAUGAUUCGCAUACUUAAUGAACAAGAGGCAGAAGUACUCAACGCCACUUUCUCGGUCGUGGGGAAUACAGUUUUCCACAUUGUUCAUGCUGAGAUUGGAGCCUUUGGUGCAGCAAAAAUAUUAAAGGAGAAACUGAACAAGUUUGUGCAUGGAUCCAGCAACGAAGAAGAAUUGCCAAAAGAGUUAUGGGACUACGAAAUCCAUCCUGAAGAGUGGGAUUUCCCAAUCAUGUAAUUCACGUGCAUGACUUGACAUACCCUUUCUCGAUCAUGCACAAUUAGGCAAUCUAUAAAACCACAACCUUAAUUAAAAUAAGAGAGCAAACUUCAAGAGCUGUAGCAGUGAAUUUCGACAACUGUACAGCUAGCUAGCUAGGCUGCCUUCUGGUGCAUCAAAAUUUUCUUCCUGUCUCAGGGUAAUAUAAAUCAUGAACCUUACAACGGAUGCAAUGAUAUUCCCUUUGUUUCCUUCAUCACUUUGUCAGCCAUUUGUCCAUUAAUGGAGCUCAUAACUAAUUAAUUAAGUGGACUUCAAACUUUUCGAAGUGUUUCUAGAGAGUAAGAGCAAAGAUUGUAGAAGUUUUUAUCUUUUAUCUUUUUUAAUUUCAUUUUUUUGGUAUAUGAACAAUUAAGGUUAAUGUGUCUAAUUGUUACAAGUUUCAAAAUUUUUAAAUUUCAAAAAAGAAAAAAAAAGAUAAUUUUAAUAACAAGUUUUGUGAAAUGGUUGGAAUAUAAUAAUUAAUCUUAAGUUUCUUUUGAUUAGAAAAAUUCCUAAAUUUGAUCUAAGCAGGAUUUUGCAAUUUAGAUCUUACUGCGAUGUGCUUAAUACAAUGUUUUGAAUGAGAAGAAAAUAGAUUUUGACAUUGAUUUCUCUUGAAACUGAUCAGUCUCUAUAGAUACGAAGAUAUCGUAAUUGCAGAAUGUUGCAUAGAAGAUGCCAUGCAUGCCCAUAUAUGGAUCAGAUGAUACAGUAGCAUAAAUAAAGAAGGUAAAAAAUUAAGAAGAAAUGAAAGCUAGAUCCAAAAGUACAUUCAGGGAGAUCACUCAAGCCGUUCAUGGUUCAUGCUGCAUGCGUGGUAAAAGAAUUACAACUCUUGCAAUAUCACUUUUUCUCAUAUUGCAUCCUCUAAUUCAUUCCAUUUGUUUAACAUUUUGAAGGUUGUAGCUUAAUUACUCUAAUAUAUAUGAGAUUAACAGUUCUGUUUUAACAUAUAUUUUCUUAUGAUAUCAGAAUCAAUUAUCACAUAUUGUAUAAGAAUUAAAUAAAAAAAAAAAAGUCUUACCCUGAAAAACAAGUAAG